AUGAAUGCACCUGGAAAUAAUCAAAUGAUUGCCCCAAAAAUUCAAAAGCAAUUGGUGAAUGCUUGUGCAGUUGAGACCACAAAUGCUAUUCUAGCUGAUCUUGGAGAUAGAUGGUUCACUUUACUACUUGAUGAGGCUCGUGACUGUUCAGUGAAAGAGCAAAUGGCAGUUGUUAUUAGAUAUGUGAACAAGCAUGGGGAGGUGAUUGAACGAUUUAUGGCUGUAGUUCAUGUUGCGACAACUACAGCUGCUUGUUUGAAGGAGGCAAUCGACUCUUUAUUUGCUAAGUAUGGUUUAUCAGUGGCGAGAUUGAGGGGUCAAGGAUAUGAUGGUGCUUCAAAUAUGUCUGGAGAAUUUAAUGGCUUAAAGUCACUGAUAAUGAAAGAAAAUCCGUAUGCAUUAUAUGUUCAUUGUUUUGCUCAUCAACUCCAGCUAGUGGUUGUAGCCGUUGCUCAAGCAAAUCAAUAUGUUUGUGAUUUCAUGUGGAUUGUUGGUUCGAUUGUGAACACAUCUGCAUCAUCUUGCAAAAGGGCCGACAAACUUCGACAACUUGAACAUGAUAGAAAAGUUAAACUUCUUGAAAGAUGA